CGGGGUUGGGUCGGUUGGUCUCUCUCUGGGUAGGCGCCAGAUGGUAUCCUCAGUGUCAUACUGCUGUUGAAAGGGGGCGCUACGCAGUUGCGCUGUUGUGUUGUUCUGUCAUGUUCUGUCCAUGUUGGCCUUCACACGAUAUCAGGGUCAGAAAAAAUCACUUGCAGGUUGGGGCGUUUGCACUUUUCCUCGUUUUGGGUUGGCGUUUAUCAAGGCGAAAGGGGGUCGGAAAGGGGGCGGGAUGGAGGUAUGGUGCCGGACGGGGUGGUAGGGGGUUCCCAAACCAACGGUGGCCUCGGCCCCGUGCUUCGAGCGCUGUCAUUGUUGGUCUAUUUCUUGUAUGGGAGAACUAUGACAUGCACAGUGGUGGUGAUACCAUUACAUAGGUAACAAAAAGACCCGUAACUGAAUCCACGUCAAAAAGUUGCAUCGCCCAAGUAACUUGACAGCCAGCUUUCUUGAUUGCCUAGGGUACGUUAGCUCUAAGCAGAACUACAGACAGACCACUGAGGUGACGAGCGAAGCCAGAAGUGAACUCCGAUGACGCCU